AUGAGUGAUGAAAUUUCACGAGACCAAUCACCACAACAACAAUUUCAAUCUCCAAAACAACAGUACCAGAGCCCCAAGAUGUUACCUAACGGGAUUAAGCAAACUAUGCAUUUUACUUCGAUUAUAUCCCGAUUUAAAAGAAAGAUCACACUAGAGGAUGUUAAUGCAAGAGCUGUGGCAGAUUUAACGCACCAUGGAGUUUUGGGCAAGGUAAAUUUGUUGGAUCUUUUAAGUGAUAUGAUUUUGGAAUUGCCAAAGAAGAAAGAUUCAGAUGUUCUUGCUCAAGCCUAUGUUUGUUUAGGAGAGGCAAUCAUCUUGAAUAUUUUCCGGCGAAGACAAAAAUACAUGACUAACUUUCUAUACACCAAUUCAAUUAAUAGUUUGAACCAAAGCUGUUUAGAACGCCAUGGAUACUGUGAAAGUAGAAUACGAAGUUUGUUUGUUGAUUUGAGCACGAAGAAGAACUUCUUGACACAUGAUGAAAUGAGCAAUUUAUCUGAAGUUUUGGCGUAUUCCAGCUACUUAAUGACCUUUGCUGUAUUGAUGAUGAAAUUUGGAGCCCAAAGCUAUUUCCACUCUUGUAAAGGUGUAAUUACUACCUUUGAAGAAUAUACAAUAUACAUGAUGGAACGAAACUUACAACCUAUAUCCACUGUUAGUUUUUUGAUGAAUAAUUUACAAUAUAAUAUUGUCAGCAUUAAUAUCCCUUCAUAUAACCCUCAGUUUAUAUUUGAAAUUGAAUCGAAUGUUCGAUGUUUGGAUUUUAUAUUCAAUAAUUCAUUUACAUUCCAGGACGAAUCCAUCAGCUUGAGAUUUCAAUUAAUAUUGUUGCGUGAUGAAAAUUAUGUAACUACUUAUCCACCAGUGGUUAUCUAUGAAAUAUUCAAAGAAUGGCAUACAAUUUUCCCUUCUGAGGCCAUGACUUAUACAUUAUUCAAGAAUGAUGCCCAUUCAGUUGAAGCAGUGUUCUUAAAUGCAUUGUCAACCACAUUCUAUAUGUAUUAUUUUGCAGUUGCUGCUUCUCUAGAUGCAUUAUUCCCAGCUUGUAAAUAUUUAUAUGGUAUGAGUUUCAUGGUCCCCACCAACAAAUUCUUCAUCAAACGGGAAAUAAUGGCUCUUGAUAAAGAGAAUCCAUAUAUCCAAGGAUUGUUAAGAUUUGAUUGUCGAUUACAAGGUCACAUAUAUUAUGCAUCGCGAGUAUUUGCAUUUUUUCGAAGAAGAUAUGUGUUUUAUCACAAUAAUGUCAAAUGGAGUAAUCCUUAUGAUGAUUUGACUGAUGAAACUAGGUUUGAGACUCGUGUUAUCAAGAACACAGAAAUUCCAAUAAAGAGUUUUAAUACUACGUUGAUUCGUCCCGAACAUUAUCCUACAACUAAAGGUUCUGUUAACUUCAAUAGUCUUACAUUCACUCGUGAGGAUGAAUCUAUGAUGCAUAAUGCAUAUUCAAGAAACAUUGAAACGCUCAACUUUGAUGAAACCUUUGUAUUGCAAUAUGAUUGUGAAACUAUGUUGUUGUUGCGUGAUUAUAGACCUCCAGAUAUAACAAAUAAUGAUCGUCCCAGGUUGGAAAUUAAGGAUAUAAACCAAUAUUAUGAGGAUAGAACAAAGAUCUUAAAUAGUUUACUGUAG